GGGCAGUUAUCGCACAAAAGUAUCGAUUACAAAUAAACUAUCAGCUAUAUAUUCAACAUCCCAUCUCUAAUUCGCAACAAUAAUGCAGGGGGAUUGCCUGGGGCAGUGACGAUGUUGCAAACGAUGAGGCACAACACGCAUAUGAAAAAUUAAGCCAAGCAGAAACACAACACCAAGAAACAACAACCACAACACAGCGGAGUUAUUUUCGGUCGCAAUUCAGAGAUUGCGGAAGCUACGGCCCAGACCAGACACGGAAGCUAUUCUUAACACUCGACCCUCUCUCUCAAGAUCAAGCCCUGAGGAGCCAUGGCCGCGGUGCUGCCCGAGAACGCAGCCGAAAUUGCCGUUGCCAAUGAAAUCAAUAACAUCAACGGUAACCCGAAUGGAAAUGCAAAUGGAAAUGGGAACGGGAACGCAAACGCCAACGCGCGUAAUCGCGGCCUGGGGGGAGGCGCUGGACAGAACAAUAUGAUGAACAUGCGGGAUCGGCUUUUCCAUGCGAUCUACUUUCGAGCGGCGGCAGCGUAUGCGGAGUUGGUGCCACGGAAGGUGCAGCUGACCAUCGAGUUUUUGCUGCUAGCCAAAGCACUGGUGUUCUUCUUCACCCUCGUCUAUGUGCAUCACGCCUUCAUCAAGAAUCCCUGCACCUGUCUGCAGGAGGUGCAGAACUGGCCGCGAGAAGGUGUCAUCAGAGUGGAGAUUAUUCCCCAUCUGGCGGAGAAGCGAGCCAUUUGGCAGAGCAUCAAGCAGGAUCAGCAGGUUGUUCGCUCCCUAAAAGAUUCAUACUACUAUGACGUGGGCCCUCAGACGCUGGACAACUACAACAGACUAAAGCGCUAUGAGGCGAUCCUGCGCAAGCUGGGCUUGCCCGUUCGCCCCACCUUUGCCUACAGCAACGAGACCCUGUACUAUUACUUCGAUGCCAUCAACAUACUCGACACCUACGACCACCCCAACGCCAUACAGCUCAAGAACGAAGACGAUGAUGAUGAGCAGUAUAUUGUCGAGUAUUCGCUGGAAUAUGGACACCUGCGCCUCUCUUCGGCCACCCGCAAGCGGCUACAAAUACCCGUGCUCACAGUGCAAUUGGAUCCCAACACAAACGAGUGUUUCGGCGAUAGAUUAACGCGCUACUUGCUCAAGCGUCUGCUGGGCUACGAUGACUUACUGAUGGCCGCUGUUCGCACCAUAGCAGAGAAGGAGGAGAACAAGGGCUAUUUACGCAAUGUGAUCACUGGCGAGCACUAUCGCUUUGUGUCCAUGUGGUGGGCUGCUUGGAGCAGCUAUCCGGCUGCCUUUUCUGUGAUGUUACUGUUUACUUUCUCCGUUUCCAUGCUGCUGCGGUACUCGCAUCAUCAGAUCUUUGUCUUUAUAGUGGAUCUGCUGCAAAUGCUGGAGUACAAUGUGUCUGCUAGGUUCCCCAUUGCUCCGCUACUGACUGUUAUCCUGGCACUCGUAGGAAUGGAGGCCAUCAUGUCGGAGUUCUUCAAUGACACUACAACGGCCUUUUACAUCAUACUGAUUGUUUGGAUUGCGGAUCAAUACGAUGCCAUAUGCUGUCACACCAGCAUCACCAAGCGUCAUUGGCUCAGGUUCUUCUAUCUGUACCAUUUUGCAUUCUAUGCGUAUCACUACCGGUUCAGUGGACAGUACAGGACAUUGGCACUGCUCUCGUCGUACCUUUUCAUUCAGCACUCGAUGGUGUUCUUCUUCCAUCGGUAUGAGCUGCCUGCCAUCAUGGCCCAGCAUCAGGUCUUCAUCAUCACACGCAACCAGGUGAACCCGCUUGCCGGUGCCGCUGCAGGAGCAGGAGCAGCAGCAGGAGCAGGAGGAGGAGGAGGAGUGGCUGCAGCCAGAGCUGUACCUGUACCCGGGGAACAGCAGGCGGCCUUUCAACGUGUUAUCCACAUUAUGAACCGUCUUUUCAGUCAACUGGGUGCACAGCGUCAGCAACGUCAGCACCUGCAACCGAACCUGCAGCCGAACCAGCAGCCAGUGGAACCCCAGAGGCCUGCUGCCGUGGCCGUUGCUCUGGCCAAUUUAAGGCGUCUGCCCUUGGUUGGGCAGCUGUUGCAGCGUCGCGACCAGUUUCCCACCGUGCGGCGCGUCUUUGUCGGUCACGGCGGCAACGGUCGAAUGAUGCAUGUCCUCUUGCAGCGAGUCAAUGUGGCCGACAUGCCGGAAUUGCGCAAUCAGGUGCAAGCCAUUGCUGCUGCCGCCGCGGCCGCCGCCGCAAACCAGAGGGCAGCAGCAGCUGCAGUAGCGCAGGGUGGACAGGCUCCAGCAGCAGAACCGGCAGCAGCCUCCACCUCAGCCGAAACAGCAUCAGCAGAUGUCGAAACAAAUCAGGGACGCAAGGAGCCGACAAGAGGCAUAAAUGAUGCAGCAGCAGCAGCAGCAGGAGCAGGAGCAGCCCAAGGAAACGACAGGCAGGAAGAUGAAGCUGAAACUGGGGGGGGCGGACAAAAGCCGGGCGUGUCCAAGGCGCUGGAAAAUCCAAAUUCCGUUGCGGCGGAUAUUAUAAAUGUGUCGGAUAAAACUACUGGAAAACCAGUAGUGGGUGGAGUGGCUGCCACUCAACAACCAAAUAAGGAGCUUACGACCCGAACAGGAACAGGAAACGGUACCAAGACCGGAAUCGAAACCCACAUCCACGUCCACUCGGUGUCCCAAUCGCUGUCCCAGCCAAAGGCAAAGCAAUUAGAAAAUAAUUUGCCAGAGUUUCUGAAAGCCGAGGGGGGACUGACAGCAGCGGCAUCAGGUGAAAAGCAAAGCUGUCCACUAGAAGCUCAUGCUAUUAUGAAUGACCAGCAGGAGAAUAACAAGCCGGACGAGGCAGCAACAGCAGCACAAGUAGCAACAACAUCAGCAGCUGCCACGUCAAAAGAAUCAACAGACGAUGGGGCUGUAGCUGGAGCUGGAGCAGCAGCAGCAGCGGCAGCCUGGCCAAUGAUGGAUGACAGGCAAACAGUUGAUUUUAUAGGAGGCGACAGCCCAACGUCAACAGCAAAUUGCCAACUCAAUGCUGGCCCAAACCACAAGGCAAAGCACGAGAUGGAGAUGGUGGAGCAACAGGAGCAGAAAGAACAUCAGCAGCUAAUGAAAACUCCGCAACAUACAUCAAACCAAGUGACAACAGCAGCAGCAGCAGCAGCAACAUCAGCAGCAGAAGCAACAGCAGAAUAAGCAACGCAUUAACGGCAAGGCCCUAACCUCCCCCCGGGGCCAACCUGCACCCUGCACCCUGUACCCACUACCUAUCCUAUCCAUUCAAGCCCCCAACCCGCCCCUUUUGCCUUCAACCGACAUAACUAACCGCAUAACUAGAUGUUAUACAUAAAAGAGAUAGUAAAUUUGUAGAUAAUUUGUCUGGUGUACUUAUGUCUGGAGAUCAGCCACGACUCACUGCCCGCCCGCCCUUAUCCGUUCUAAGUAUCUGUCUGUAUGUGUUUGCGUGUGUGUGGGUGAGCGUGUGUGUGAGUGCGUGAGCGGGAGUGGGAGUGGGUAGUGCGUGGAUAUUGAUGUGGUUGCGGGUGUGAGCGCGUGUGUGAACUAGACAGAACUCAAAGGUUGACUGCUGCUGCCUGGACUGCAGUGACUGCAGGCAAACUGUGUUACAAUGUUGGGGGGGGAAGUCCUCUUUUAAUUAGGCCAAUAUAAAGUCUUUCUGCACCCAUACAUGCACAAGUGUAUGUAUACACAACAACCCACACACAGACACACGCAAGCUAGUCGCUUUUGUAGCCUUAACUUUUCGCCAACCUUCUGUUGGCUGCUUCAUCGAGCAAAAUUCGCUGGCAAUUUUUAAUUAAUUUUUUCACUCCCAACCUCCCAGGGAAUCCACAAUCCCUCUAGGCCGCACCGCAUCUACGCAAUGGAAGGAAGGGCGGACCGGCAAAACCUUUCCUGGCCCUGCUGCUUAUUUUGAGCACUUUUUUCCAUGGCCUGAAAUGUCAUUAAAUGUCAAUUGCAAAAUAUUUUGUUUGUUUGCUUUGAACAUCAUUUGGAAUUGCUACAGCAAACACACUGUGAAUAAAACCAUGAAAGUUUAAUUAAAUUCGUAAUACAAGCUCUUUAUUGGAUCACAAUUGAGUCAAACAAAAUCAAAGUUCGAUUUUCUUAGCAACUUUUACACUUUUAAUCCAUUUCCUCCGAAGUGCGAGUGGACUUCUAGCAACAGCAACAGCAAACUGCUAGCAAUUAUGUAUAAUUGUGCGAGUACGAUUGUAUUUGUCUGAUGUGCAAUGAGUGUGUGAGGUUGUUGGAGACUAUGCAAUAGGCCUAGGAUCUGGGACUAUUCAAUAAGCAAUUGAGCAUGGACGAUGCCCGAGAACGGGUUACGAGUAUAAUUCUUAACUAUUAAUACUUAACUUACACCAGUAGCUAUGACUAUUUGCUAUUGCUACAAGAAUGUUAUUUCCUAAUGUGUAAAAAUAUACGAAAUACAACUA